UCUUCCUCCGUCCGAAUACUUCACUUAAAACCCUCUAUGGCAUAUCAAAUGCUAUAUAAUGACACAUUAUUAGCGUUUUUAACUAUUCUUAAACUACAUUACACCUCAUCACAUAAUUUAAUUCGAGAGUGAGGGAGUCGUGGAAGGCAUCAGAGCUAGAUUAAGGAACAAUUGUGGGAGUGAAGCGAGGGGUUCGAGAGGCGCCCAAGUUGGCGUCCAGGGAGGGGUCAGGCAGGCACCUGCUCCAGAGAGACAAGCCCCUACGCCAUGCUCCUCACCUGAUCUACCCCUCCUCUCCUGCCCAUCAUGGAGAUGGUGUCAUGGAUGAGGGCGGCGUGGGUGGUGAUGGUGGUCGUGGGCGGCGUGGGCGGCCAGCGCCUCCUCAACAUAGGUGGGAUCUUCCCAAUCGGUGGAUCGGACGGCUGGCAAGGCGGCCAGGCGUGUCAGCCAGCGGCCAUGUUGGCUAUGGACGACGUCAACAAACGGCCAGAUCUUCUGCCAGGGUACACGCUCCACCUCGCUUGGAAUGAUUCCCUGUGCGAGCCGGGGCUGGGGGCGGCGGUGAUGUACGACCUGCUCUACAACCCUCCCACCAAGCUCAUGCUCCUGGGCGGCUGUUCUACCGUGUGUACCACCAUCGGGGAGGCGGCCAAGAUGUGGAACCUUGUCGUGUUAUCGUACGGGUCGAGCUCACCGGCGCUGAGUGAUCGCCAAAGGUUCCCGACAUUCUUCAGGACGCACCCGUCAGCCACCGUCCACAACCCCACCAGGAUCAGGGUCAUGCAGAAGUACAACUGGUCUCGGGUCGCCAUUAUCCAGCAGGCCGAAGAAGUGUUCAUUUCGACGGUGGAGGACCUCGAAGUGAGGUGCAAGGACGCGGGGAUCGAGAUCGUCACCCGUCAGAGCUUCCUCACCGACCCGACGGACGCCGUCAGGAACCUGAAGCGCCAGGACGCCCGGAUCAUCGUGGGGCUCUUCUACGUCAGCGCCGCCAGGAGGGUCCUCUGCGAGAUCUACAAGAACCAUCUUUACGGCAAAAGCUACGUCUGGUUACUCAUUGGCUGGUACGAGGACAACUGGUUCGAGAACCACCUGCAGGAGGAGAACGUGAACUGCACGAAGGAGGAGAUGAGGGAGGCGGCGGAGGGCCACCUCACCACUGAGGCUCUCAUGUGGAAUAAGGACAAUGAGAAGACCAUCUCUGGCAUGACUGCUGGAGACUUCCGGCUACGCUUGAACCAGGCGUUGAUUGACCGGGGCUACGAGAACCAGAGUACUCCUGUUGGCUACCAGGAAGCCCCGCUUGCUUACGACGCCAUCUGGAGUGUGGCUCUGGCGCUCAACAAGACGAUGGAGCGCCUGGCAGCCGUCAACAAGUCCAUUGAGGAGUUCACCUACACCAAUAAAGAAAUCGCCGCCGAACUCUACAAGGCCAUGAAUGCCACUCAGUUCCUCGGGGUGUCGGGCCGCGUAGCCUUCAGCACCGACGGGGACAGGAUCGCGUGGACGCAGGUCGAGCAGAUGAUCGACGGACGCUACCACAAGCUGGGCUACUUCCACGUCCAGACCGACAACCUCACCUGGUUCAACAGAGAACAGUGGCAAGGAGGGAAGGUGCCGCAGGACCGGACGAUAGUGCGGCGGCAACUGAGGACGGUGUCUCUGGGCCUCUUCAUCAGCAUGUGCACCAUCAGCGCCGUGGGCGCCGUGUGGGCGCUCCUUCUGCUUGUCUUCACCUUCGUCCACAGAGACCGCAGACUGAUCCAGCUGUCGCACCCGGCGUGCAACAACAUCACUCUGGUUGGGAUCGUCAUCUGCCUGGGUUCGAUCUUCCUGCUGGGUCUCGACGGACAGUUCGUCAACCAGCAACAGUUUCCUACGGUGUGUGGGCUGCGGGCCUGGUGUCUCUCGCUCGGCUUUACUCUCGCCUACGGGGCCAUGUUCUCCAAGAUCUGGCGCGUCCACAGACUAACUACUAAGACCAAAAUAGAAAAUAAGCGGGUGGAGCCGUGGAAGCUGUACGUGAUGGUGGGAAGCCUGGUGGUGGUGGACGUGAUCGUGCUGAGCGUGUGGCAGGCGGUCGACCCCCUGCAGAGGAAGCUCGAGGAGUUCCCGCUGGAGAAGCCCCUGGACGCCGUCGAGGACAUCAAGAUCAAGCCAGAGCUGGAACACUGCGAGAGUAAAUACAGCACCAUCUGGCUAGGACUGCUGUACGGGUACAAGGGUCUCCUGCUCAUCUUCGGUCUCUUUCUGGCCUACGAGACGCGAAGCAUCAAGCUCAAGCAGAUCAAUGACUCCAGAUUGGUGGGGAUGAGCAUCUAUAACGUGGUGGUGCUGUGUCUGAUCACCGCUCCGGUGACUUUGGUCAUCUCUACCCAGCAGGACGCCUCCUUCGCCUUCGUCUCUCUCGCCAUCAUCUUCUGCUGCUUCCUCUCCAUGGCCCUCGUCUUCGUCCCUAAGAUCGUGGAGACCAUCAGACACCCGGGCGAGCGAGUGGAGUCGACGGGGGACACCGCCCCUAGCAAGGAGGAGGAGGAGAGGUACCAGAAACUCAUCCACGAGAACGAAGAAAUGCAGAGGCUCAUUGCGGAGAAGGAGGAGAAGAUCCGUCUCCUAAAGCUGAAGCUACAGGAGCGAGCCGCCCUCAGAAGCAGGGAACAGCAGCAGCAACAGCUCCUGUCAUCAGAGAACCACGUAGUGGGGAUGGACUCCUCCCACCAGAUGCGCCUCCGUCAGAUUUCCGGAGACUCCCAGAAGGAUACUGUAGCCUUGCUCAGCGCCGAUAUUGAGCUCUAUUACGGCAGUGGUCGGCCCGCCGUCAGGAUCGUCACCCCAGACCCGUCCUCCGCUGGAGAUCAUGCAAUGGUGCCAAGGAUCAACUUCGAUAUCUCGGAGUCCUACCUGUGAAGGCCUCCUGGGGCCACUGCUCCCAUGGGCCAAUGGGCCAUCAGAUCAGUGGACCAAUAGACCAUUAGACUUGCGGACCAUAGGAUCAUUUUAUCCAAUGGAUUGUUGAAUCCGUGGGCCACUGACACGCUGAAUCCAUAUAUCACGAAUCAGUGGAUCACUUAACCCUUGGAGGCCAUUGCACUAAGGUCAAAUGAGUCACUGUACCUUUGAAACAAUAGAUUGCUUGACCCGCGAAUCAGUGGACCAGUACGCUUCAUGGGUCCAUGGACAUCUGGACCAAUAAGUCACUGAAUCCAUUGACCGUGAAUUAGUGAACCACUGGCCCUAUGGCCCAGUGAAUCACUUGACAUAUGGAUAAAUCCAUUGAUCAGUGGCCCAAUGAAUCCAUGGAAUUGGGUAAUGAUCAAAUGAAACAUUGGACCCCAUGUACUAUGAACCAAUGUGCUAUUGGAUCCAUGUACUAUGAACAAAUGUACUAUUGGUUCCAUGGACUAUGACCCAUUGAGCUAUUGGAUUAAGGGACUACCAGCUGGAUUUCCAAACAGUUAUUAGCUAAGAGUAGUAGACCGCUGAGUCAAUGGGUCAAUGAACCGCUGGACCUCUGGAUCGAUGGAUCAACGAGCCACUGGACCUUUGGAUCAAUGGAUUAUGAGGCAUUGGACCUUUGGAUCAAUUGAUCAAUGAGCCAAUAGACUUCUAAAUCAAUGGAUCAAUGAGCCACUGGACUUCUGAAAGAAUGAGCCGUUGGAUUUCUUAAUCAAUGGAUCAGUUAGCCAUUAGACUUCUGAUCAAUGGAUCAGUGCGCCACUAGACCUCUGAUAAAUGGAUCAGUGAGCUACUAAACCUCUGAAUCAAUGGAGCUUCUAAACUUCUGGAUCAAUGGAUUAAUGAGCCACUAGACCUGUGGAUCAAUGGAUCACUGAACUAUAUGUAUCUCUGAAAACUGGUCCUCAAUCAAAGGGCUCUCAUAUCUUUACAUUUGUCACACGGCGUAAUAAUAACAGUAUUACCACAAAUACAAA